AUGGGGCGAGGAAAAAUAAGUGGUAAAGAGCUCAGAUUUCAGCUAAGGGCUGGCGAGUCCCUUUUAUCUCUUCAAGUAUCACACAAUAUGUACCAAAUACAAUCAGUAAGUAAUGGCCGUUCCUCCCCGAGGCCACAGCCAAGACCAGCAUUUGCUGGAUUAAGAGUCCUGGCCCUUCCUUCCUCAGGUGAGGAGAAAACCUUCACACCUGAGCCGUUAGCUCCCCGUCCCCCAGGGGCCUCCACUCCAGCCAGUCCCUAUUGGGAUCGCCAAGGUGUCCGUGGCCACAGGAAACAUGGACAUGGAUUCAGCAGUCCAAGAAAACCGGGUGUCUGUGCCCAGUCAGAAAUGCUUUGA